CUGACGUUUGCUAAAUUUGUGUUGCAACAAAUCCGGUACAAACAUAAUUAGCAAAUGACGGUAAGCAAGACAGGGACUCUGCAGUGCUCCCGAUUUCAGAUUGGGGCCGCGAAUGAUGCAUCCGUCUAGGGGAAUCUCUGAUGCUAAUUUCCUUUUAGCUUUUUUCUCCUUGCAUUUUUUAUCUUGAUUUAGGUGCUAUUAACUGUGGUAAAUACAGUGUGAGCAUUUUCACAAUGAAUUCUUUUAGCCGUAGGCACUUCCUUGUUCAGAUAAGUGGGGUGCACUGAACUGCCAGCCUGAUGAUUAUCCUCGAGAAUGGAGAUCUGAAUCCACUUCUCCGUGGAAGCCCGCUUGGCCGCUGUGCUUGUUGAAUAUCCUGGUUUCUUGGCUGGGUUCCUCCAGGAGUAAAAUGCAAAACCCCCAAAGUGCACCCAUCCAUUGAUGCAUCUCUCUCACACACACACACAUGUACGCAUGAAGCAGGCCAAAUGGGCUCCGGGAGUGGAUGUGUAGAAGCAAAAGUUAUGAAGGCUUUGGCAGAUCAGAUGAAUGUCCCCACUAGAUUCAUGGUAUGCUUGGAGAAGUACUAGAUGUUAGUUUGAGGCUGCCCACCUUCAAUGGUUUAAUGCCCUGGUGUUUUGCUGUAGAAAUCAUCGUGCCAAUAUUUGUUGGGUUCUGAACAUAACUUACCUUCAAUGGUUUAAUGCCCUGGUGUUUUGCUGUAGAAAUCAUUAUGGCAAUAUUUGUUGGGUUCUGAACAUAACUUGUGUGUGAAUUGUAGUACUUAUGUUUGGGCAUAGCAAGAUUAGCAGAUAUGGGAAUCAAGGCCAGAAUAUGUAAUAGUGUCUGUUUAUCAAAUAUGGAACCUUGUGUGCUUGGCCAGCCUGAUGAUUACACCUGUUCAUAAAGAAUGAAGUUCUAAGGUCUGAAUGCUCUUCUCAGUUCCGUUGAAGCUCGCCUAGCUUAGGUUGCUGUGGUGGAUCCUACUCCCUCCUUCCCAAAAUAAUGUACUCCCUCCGUCCACAAAUAUAAGAUGUUCUAACUUUUUGCUGAAUUGGAACAUGCAUGCACACAUGCAUAUAUAUAUAUAUAUUAUCUUCCACCAACCUGGCUAGCUGGGCUCCGAUGAGAGUGCUUGGAGACACAAAAAGUAUGAAGGCUUGCUAAUGCAUAGAAUUCUUGGUUUUGUAUUAUUCUUGGCUUUGCUAAUACAUAGAAUUCUUGCACAACUUCUUUGAAAUAGUUGCUUUUUUUCUCGUUUCACGUUGAUGUUUGCAUAUAUCUAUUGGCUUUGUCAUUGGAGCAUUCCGAUCUAGCUGCCUAUGAUUACCAUAGUGUGCAUUGUACUAAGAAUGGAGAUCUAAAUGCACUUCCUUGUUGAAGCCUGCUUGACCACUCUGGUACAUUGACAAUUCCAGGUUUUUGUAGGGUUCUGCUAGAGAUGCUCUUAACCUGCUGUUGCUGUUGCUGCUACCUCCAGCACUGGUGUUACUUUGGACGUCUAGGGGGGAGUGGGGGUGGGCGGUCCGGCUGGAGAUGCUCUUAAUUUCCUUUGACUGAGCUGGCUAAGUGGACUCCAGUUAAUAUAUUUGCUUUGUCCUUUGAGCAUUCUGGUCUAGCUGCCUGAUGAUUACCACUAAGAAUGGAGAUCUAUUAAUUAGGUGCAUAGCCCAGCAUUUGGGAUUUGCUGGGAAUCGGCCAGUUGCUGCUUGUAUUAUAUACAAGUGCCUUCUUCAUUGGAGAUCAUUUGAAGUAGAGCGGACAAGUGUUUUUGAUCGGAUUAUUCAGACCAUUGGACAUGCAAUUGAGACACAGGACAAUAACGAAGUCUUAGCAUAUUGGCUCUCAAAUGCUUCAACGCUGUUGCUUUUGCUUCAGCGGACGCUGAAAGCGAGUGGAUCAACAGGAAUGGCUCCACAGCGUCGACGGUCGUCCUCUGCUACUCUUUUUGGAAGGAUGACACAGAGCUUCAGAGGGACUCCACAAGGUGUAAAUCUUGCUCUAAUAAAUGGAAGCAUGGUUAGUGGAGUAGAGACACUGAGACAAGUGGAAGCCAAGUAUCCCGCUUUACUGUUUAAACAGCAACUUACGGCAUAUGUAGAGAAGAUAUAUGGAAUGAUCCGGGAUAAUUUGAAGAAAGAGAUCUCUCCUUUGCUUGGAUUGUGCAUUCAGGCCCCAAGAACAUCAAGAGCAAGCAUGAUGAAAGGAUCUUCUCGUUCAAACACAAAUACAGCUGCACAGCAAGCUUUGAUUGCUCACUGGCAAGGGAUUGUGAAAAGCCUCGGAAAUUUCUUGAACAUACUUAAAGUGAACAAUGUUCCUCCAUUCUUGGUGCGGAAAGUAUUCACUCAGAUAUUCUCCUUCAUCAAUGUACAGCUAUUUAACAGUCUUCUAUUAAGAAGGGAGUGCUGCUCAUUCAGUAACGGCGAGUACGUAAAAGCAGGAUUAGCUGAACUUGAGCAUUGGUGCUAUAGAGCUACUGACGAGUAUGCAGGUUCAGCCUGGGAUGAGCUUAAACAUAUUAGACAAGCUAUUGGUUUCCUGGUGAUUCAUCAAAAGCCAAAGAAAACGUUGGAUGAAAUAAGUCAUGACCUCUGUCCAGUACUUAGUAUACAACAGCUAUACAGGAUCAGUACUAUGUACUGGGAUGACAAGUACGGAACACAUAGCGUGUCCCCAGAGGUCAUAUCAAACAUGAGAGUAUUGAUGACAGAAGACUCCAACAAUCCUGUAAGCAAUUCGUUUCUACUGGAUGAUGACUCAAGCAUACCGUUCUCCGUCGAUGACAUAUCCAAAUCAAUGCAGCAGAUUGACAUAUCUGACAUCGAACCGCCCCCACUCAUCCGGGAGAACUCGGGCUUUGUAUUCUUGUUGCCGCCCCCUGAAUAAAGCGUGUGUUGGCCAGAACGAAGCCUAAGGCAUGGGAUGCACUGGCCCGGACGGAUAAUUGGGCAGUCUAUGCAGAUUGAGUUUUCCUAUUUACCAGUGACCAGUGAAAUGCAACACCUGGCAUCCUUGUCUGAACUUUGGUGUUCUUUCCUGGUAGAAGCUAGGAAGUUGAUGGCAGAUGUGCAUUACCUGAGCUCACCUCAAAAGUAGUUUCACCUCAGUGCCACAGAUUCUUUAUUUUGUUGCUCUACUCAUUUCCUUCCAUUUAUUCUUCUUAAGAACAAAGUGGUGACAAUAGUUCCAUUCGGCUAGACAGAAAGUUUUAGCAGAUUCAGCUGAGAUUCGUUCAUUCCGUAGACCCUUGUGUAGUUUUAGAGCACUUUUGAGGUGAGUUUGCAAGAGCGGUGUAAUAGGAAACAUUUUCCCUUUGCUAUUCAGUCAUACACAUUAUGUGCAACCUUUGUACUAAUCCCUGUGUAUAGCAGUAUACAAAAUUGAUCUGCAGCUAAUGAUUCUUUGCUGUGUGAAUUUUAGAGCUCA